AUGUCUUCUUCACUCUUAUUCACGUUUGGGUCUCUCUUCCUUUUGGUUUCAUGUAAGAUAUCAGAAUAACAUCCUCAGACGACAUUAGACGAGUAAAACGAUCACAAAUAAGUCUGUAUUAUUUUCACGUUUGUUAUCUCCUCGCCUCCUCACUUCUUCUAAAUCUGCUCUCUCCACAGGUCAGCUGAGCUCUGCUGCUGUUAAAUUUGAUCAGUCUCCUGACCAGAUCGUAGAGGCCGACAAAGACGUCCAGAUCAACUGUGAACACAAUGACACAGCUCUCACAUUCAUGCUCUGGUACCAGCAGAAAAAGGAGAGCCCAGCUCUGAGCCUGAUUGCAUCUGGAUUUAAAGACGCCCCGAAAGCUGAGCCCGGGUUUGAGCUCACAAAAGAAAGUGCGGUGAAAAGAUCUCUGAUUGUAAAAAGAGUGAACACAUCGCGCUCUGCUGUGUAUUUCUGCGCUGCUAGUAACACAGUGAUGUGGUCUGACGCCACCCCCUCACUAAAAACCCUCUGCUCUUCUCUGUCAGAGAGACUCACACAGAUGAGGCAGCAUGUCUCCUGCAGUGAUCGGACUCCUGCUCCUCAUACUUACAUGUAAUGACAUGAAAAUAACUAUUCUUUAAAGCACAAGAUUAUUUUUUUCUGCAUAUCUCGUCUUUAUGAGUAAACUGUUUUUUUCUCCACAGAUCAAACUAUAAGCGUCACAUUUGA